UAAGGCCAUCCACUCCAACUUUUGAUGACCUUUCUUGACCGGACAACGAACUCACUGGUUCGGUUUGCAACUUCCAAAGUCAACGAACACAGUCCGCAAGCAUUUGUGUGCUUCAGGAGUUGCGUGCUUCAGGAGUUGCGCUUCAGCUUGUCAACCAACUCCAUCUUGGAGAUCAGUAAACCCUCCAUAUCCCAUAUUUCUUAGAAAUGGAAAAGAAACCAGUCAAAUUUUCUGUGGUGGAUGCAUUCACAGAAGUAGCAUUCAUGGGAAAUCCAGCAGCUGUAUGUUUGUUAGAAGAAGAAAGAGACGAAGAAUGGCUAAAAGCAGUUGCUAUGGAAUUCAAUCUCUCCGAAACUUGUUACUUGACUCGUAUUCAUCAUCACCAAGAAGCAGAUGAAUCCAAAUCAAACCCUAGAUUUCAUCUUAGGUGGUUCACUCCUGUUGCUGAGGUCGAACUUUGUGGUCAUGCAACUUUAGCUUCUGCACAUGUUCUCUUCACUUCUGGUUUAGUGAAGUCGAAUGUAAUUGAAUUCCUCACAUUGUCUGGAAUUUUGACUGCUAAAAAGAUUCCUGGACAUGGGAAGGUUGAUGACGGACUGGAGGUUUUGAGUAGUACGUCAAAAGACGAUUUCUCUAUUGAGUUGGAUUUUCCCACAAUUUCGGUGAUUGAAUGUGAACCAAAUGAAAUCCCUACCAUUCCUAUAACCCUAAAUGGUGCUUCAGUGAUUAACGUAAAGAAAACAUCUAUCGGUGAUGACCUCAUUGUCGAGCUUGCAUCAGGACAGAGUGUAGCAGAUUUGGAGCCGCAGUUUGAUGAACUGCAGAAGUGUACAGGGAGAGGAGUCAUUAUUACUGGAAUUUCUCCUCAUGGGUCUAAAUUCGAUUUCUUUUCUCGGUUCUUCUGUCCAAAAUUGGGUAUUAACGAGGAUCCCGUCACUGGGAGUGUACACUGUGCCUUGGCACCCUAUUGGAGCCAAAAAUUGGGAAAACGUGAUUUCCUUGCCUUACAAGCAUCUCCGAGAGGUGGAGUGUUGGAUCUUCAUUUAGAUGAAGAAACCCAGAGAGUAAAAAUCCGUGGGAAAGCUGUUACUGUCAUGGAAGGUUGUGUCUUUGCUUCAUGUUGAGAGUUCAGUUCUUCCAUCUUGGCUUUGUGUAAUUCAUGAUAGAAUUGUGAAAUCAGCAAUGGUUGUUGGGUUCUAGGUCCUGUUUUAUAUUUAAGGAGGUUUUGCAGUGAAACUUCCAUUGGGUAUUGAUUGUUAAAAACAUAUGGACAUUGGACGGAAAUCUUUUUAAUACCUGUUUGUAUUGAAGUUCUUGGAUCAUCAUAUGAACGAACCCAGAUUGAACU